UGCAUUUCGGACUGAGAAAUUGAAUUUUUAUCGAAGCCUCUUUCGUUUCGAAGGAGGGAGAAAACGCUAUGUCAACCAGAAAACGCACGGAUUUAACGAGAAGGAGCCGAAGCCCGGUGGUGUCCGAGGGCGAGAUGUUUGGGGAUUUUCAGGAGUGGUGUCUCCGCACUUACGGGGACUCCGGCAAGACAAAGACCGUCACCCGGCGAAAAUACAACAAAAUUCUCCAGACCCUCUUGCAGUGCGACGACUCGGAGGGCGUCUAUAUCGAGAGCAGCCACAUCAACGCCAAAUUUAAGUUCUGGGUGAAAUCCAAAGGUUUCCAAGUGGGUCGGAGGGACCGCGAGCAGAACGAGAAUGGAGCAGCUGACAGACCGGUCCUGUACGUCCCAAUCAAGACAACGUGUGUGGACGUGGGCUUGGGGCAGGAGAGCUCCUCUCUGAAGAGGGUCGCUGUGGUGGAAGACUUCUACGACAUUAUCUAUGCUAUGCAUGUUGAGAUCAGCUCCGACCUGGCUAAAGCACCCAAACAUGCUGGGCAGAAGAAAACAUAUAAAGCGAUAGCAGAGACGUAUGCGUUCCUGCCCAGAGAGGCAGUGACCCGUUUCCUGAUGAGCUGUGGAGAAUGUCAAAAGAGGAUGCACAUCAGCCCCAGUGGAGCAGAGUUCAAAGAAAACAAUCAACCAACCUCUCUGGCUGCUGACCUCAUAGACUACAACAUGCCACUCACAACAACCUAUCUGAAACACAAGAAAUUACAAUGCAUAAACAACAAAGAGCAGGAUGAGUGUUCAGUGAGUAGUGAGGAGUUUGAUAUGAGUGACCCCACAUGGAUAUCAGCUGAACAUCACACCGCACUGUCUAAUCCAAACCAGCCCUCUGGCGCAGAGAGGAUGCACAGCCUGCAGAACACACAGAAGGAGGAGGACGAUGACUCAUCUUCUGAAAGUGGGAGUGGCAAUGGGUUGCACAUACUCACUCCUGCCUCGGUGGGCAUGGCCGGUGUGAGUGACAGGCCGGGAGCCGAGGUUAACGGGAAUGAAAACGGUAUCACAGCACCUCUCGACUUCAGCACGACUUCCUCAUCAUCAUCCUUAGAGGACCAGCAUCCAGUGAAUCUCACCGAAAGACUGAGUCAGGCCCUGCCAAGUGCUGCCGCCAUGCUGGUCACCUUUAACCCUGAGCACGCAGAAGAGUUACGUAGAAAAUUCCCCAAAUCCUCAGAGCUACGCCUUGACCGAGACAUCAGGGACUAUACCAACAAGUCUCCUCAAUACAGUUCAGGGAGCUAUGAUUCAAUAAAGAUGGAGAUUUGUGCUGAAGAUCUGACUGUCAGCCGACCUCAGGCAGGUGAUGACGACGAUGAUGACCAUGAUGACCAUGAUGACAGUGAUAAGAUAAAUGAUGUAGGAGUCGACCCGGAGAGACUUAAGGCCUUUAAUAUGUUUGUACGUCUGUUUGUGGAUGAGAAUCUGGACCGCAUGGUACCAAUCUCUAAACAGCCUAAAGAGAAGAUUCAGGCUAUUAUUGAAUCCUGCAGCCGUCAGUUCCCUGAAUUCCAGGAGCGCGCUCGCAAACGCAUCCGCACCUACCUCAAAUCCUGCCGCCGUAUGAAGAAAAAUGGCAUGGAGACUCGACCCACCCCACCCCAUCUGACCUCAGCCAUGGCUGAAAACAUUCUAGCAGCCGCCUGUGAGAGUGAAACACGCAAAGCUGCCAAAAGAAUGCGCAUGGACGUCUACCAGGCACAUGAGGAGCCAAUAGCAAUGGAUAAGGCUGUCUCUCGUGAGUCGGUCUCGCUGGCCCACUCUGCAUACUCCCUUGCAGCCUCGGCGUACUCCCAGGACCAGUUGUACAUCAAUGGAGGACUCAACUACAGUUACCGCGGACUGUGUGCCAGCAUGCAACACCCUGUCUCCCUGACAACACCUACCGCCCAGACCAAUGGGCCUACUGAUCUCAGCAUGAAGUGUCAGGCCUCUAAUUCAUCCUCAUCGAGCUCCAGUAGUCUCGGGAGGUCCGGUGGAGGGGGUGGGGCUUCUGCUCAGCUAAGCCACACAGAGGUGGCAGCUGUGCGUCAGCUGAUUGCGGGAUACCGUGAGUCCGCAGCCUUCCUGCUCCGAUCGGCAGACGAGCUGGAGAACCUCAUUCUACAGCAGAACUGAACUGGUUUCUCUCUCUCUCUCUCUCUCUAUAUAUAUACAUACUCUUGUCCCUUUGGACAACAUAACUGACUGUGUCCCUCACAUGUGGAGCGUUCAUCACCAUCAUCCUCAUUUUCAGACUUUAUCUGGUCUACAUCGAGAACCAUCUGGCAUUUAAAGAUAUUCAAUUGAGAGACAGUACACACACAGCUCCAUCAAGCUUUCAUUUUCAUAUUGCUUUAGCUCGUGGAUGCUUCUGAUCAGAGCAAGAACCUCUGAGAGAGGAAGCAAGGUGAUGGACGGGUUAACGUGGAGAUGCGAGAGGAGCUUUGAAGGACACUGCAUUGCUGCUUUACCAAGGAGAUUCUUGGGCGUUUCAGUGUGUCUGUAUGCACCUCAUACUGAUUCAUACCAUCUCCUCUGCCUCGCUUCUUUUAACAUCUCCCUCCAUUAACCCACCUUUUUUUUGAAGUUCUACCUCCAUGCCCCUUCGAGAGCCAUUGAUUUUGGAUUUGCUUUAUUUUCUUGCUUCUUCAACGGAGGUAUUGUGGCACGCUAAUCCUCCCGAUGGCACUAACUAAAGAUACUUGAUUUUGAGGUGAAUUGGAAAGAAUGGAGAAAAAAAUUAGUGAGAAUGAAGAAAAGAGACCUUUUGUAUUUGUUGUAAAUAAGCACUCUCUGUGUCCUGAAGCACUUUUCCAUUCAUUCUGACCUCUGAAUCAUAACUUAUGCAUAUAGAUACACAGGUGGAAGCUCACCUGGAAAUACCUCAGCCUGUCUAUCCUACUCUCUCUCCCAGCAAUUUCCCACUCUGUAUGGGGGAGAAGAAAAUUAUCACUUGUCUGUCCUCGACUUCACGGUCCACUACUUCUUAGCAAGCUGAGAUUGAGGCAUUGAAAGCAGAGAGUGGGAUGAAUUUGUUUUCAAAAUGCAGAUUUUCUGUUAAAUCUCCAAAUGUGUUGUAUAUAUUCUGAUCCAUUUCAAGGUAUUGAACACCUAAAGGGAUUGUUCACCCAAAAAUACAAUUUCUUUCUUAAUUUUCUCACCCUUGUGUCAUUCCAAACCAGUCUUCUUCUGUGGAACAUACUGUAAAAGAUGUUAGGCAAAAUGUUCAGUCUCAGUCACCAUUCACUUUCAUUGCAAUUUUUUCCUGUACAAUGUAAGUGAAUGGUGACUGAGGCUCACAUUCUGUUUAACAUCUUUUGAGUCAGUCAUAAUAGUCACACUGGUUUGCAACAAGAAGUGGGCAAGUAAAUGAUGACAGAACUUUCAUUUUGGGUGAACUAUCCAUUUAAAUACACUGGAUUUGAACUGGAAAUGGAUGAUUGGUCUUAAUUAAGUGUUCUGAUGAGGUUGAGAUAUCCUCCUAAUUGACUGGGUCUUUUUGGACUCACCACUUGCCGUAGCUCUUCAUGAUACAUCCAAACCUUUCAACUACAGAUGCCAACUCUCCACACCAUUUCCCCUCUACGGGUCACCCCUGUUUUCCUCUUUUCUAUACCGUGCCCUUCCAUUUCUCCUAUUCCUCCUCCUCGAGUGAUGGAGGGAGAUAGAGAAGAAGGUAUUGGGAUGGAAGGAGGAUGAAGUUGUUAGUCUUUUAUCUGUUGACUGUUCUUAAUGGCCAUUAAUCCACUCUGCUGCUAUGGACUCCGAUUUAACGCCACAGACCUGAAACCUCAAGCCUCCCAACUCAACCAGAGCACCUCAAGACGAAACGAACAAAAACAUUUAAAGGCAAAAAAUGAACCGAACGGUGGACAAAGGACACCAAAUCCUUGAGAGAAAGACAAAAACUGCUGUGCUGAUUAAUCACAGUUUUGCAUUCUGGCCAAGAGGAUUUGUUUAAUACAUAGGGCUACUUUUGUUUGCUUUGCCGUCACAUUUUUAUUUGACGACUUUGUUUUUAAGUGUUCAAGUGCUUGAUUGUGUGCUUAAGGGUUAGUGCACCAAAAAAAUAUAUUUCUGUUCACAUUUACUCACCCUCAUGUAACUUGCUUUCUUCCGUGCAACACGAGGAACAUUUUUGAAGAAUUUUGAUGCUGCUUUUUCGCUGUUCAGUCAAAGUGAAUGGUGACUAAUUAUGUCUCCUUUUGUGUUCCACUGAAGAAAAAAAGGAAUAUUCAAAACAGUUUUGUAACAAAAUGAGGGUGAGUAAAUUACAGAACUUUUAUUUUAUGGGAGAACUGUCCCUUAAAAUCAGAAAAUCAAUAGGGAUCUUUGGCACAAGAGCUUGGCGCACACUGGCAUACACAAACAUACACAUGCUAAAGGGGCUCUCCAAAGCCAUCUCAGCAGUGCAGCCUUUGGUGGACUUAAUAUAUAUAAAAGGAGAGGUUUAACACAUUCUCAGUUAGUGAGGUACAUUUGUUUAGAGACUGAAUGAUAGUAAUGUCACUGUAAUUUGCUCCAUUUGCACACAGAGGCAGUGCUAAUCUGUGACUGAGGGGCUCGGAGGCUAUAUCUUGCACUGCUAGUGGGGAAUGGAGAAGGAAUAUUACAAUGCAGAAGAUAAUCAAAAGCAUUCCUUGAUAGAGACUAAUAUAGAUAGGCUAGCAUGACCCCACUGAGGAGCUUUCAAAAUCAUUAGUUACAUUCAACUCUGCAUACAUGAGGACUAAGCAUGAUUGAAAGAAAGCUGGUGUGAUUUCUUGGAUUGGGGAGUGAUUGAGUGACUUGAGUGUGUGAGAAUAUGUUUUCAGAAGCAGUUAGUUUAUGUGACCAGAGACUCCAUUACCCUCUUUAGACAUACAGAAUUUGUGUGCAAUUGUGACGCCCCCAUCCAAAGCUCACUUGCAGAAUUCAUGAUUUCUGGAAGAAAUUAUAUUUAGUCUUGGUAGACCUGUCCAGCCUCCUGAGUGAGAUUUUAUUAUAAUGUUGAUAUAAAUAUGCAAAAUUGACAGUACGAGGCCCUCCUCACUGUGCUCGGCUCUUAAGUGUUCUGUCCGAUCUUUUUGUUUAAUGUUGCUCUCAUUAUAGUGGACCUCCUUUUGUUUCUCUUUUUCUUCACUCUUUAUUUUUAUUUGUUUAUUUUGAGAGACCAAAGUAAAUUUAUGUUUUUAGAUGAAAUUACAUGUUGCAUAAAUUCAAUGUAAAUCAGUUUUAGGUUUUGUUUUGUGACAUUGCAAAUAAUGCCAAAUAAGCACAUUUCCCCCAGAAUUCACAUUUCCGUAAUAUGCCUGGACAUAUUAUUUUUGUAAUUAUUUUUUAUCCCUUAUUCUCAAAAGUGAUUCAGUAUUAUGUGUGCAUACUUUUACCAUUUAAAUAAUAUAAUGUUUUUUUUCACAUUACAGUAAUGAGAAUUGGAUUUACUAUUAUAUUACAGUAAUGCGAUUUUGGGUGCUUAAUUGUCAUGAAAAUAAUUCCACAAUGCAAACUAUUUUAAUUGUUUUACAACAGGCUUCAUUUCCUUUGAGCAAAAUAUGAUUUUGUUUCUCCCUCUUACACAUCUAUGUUCUUGUCCUGUCAACAAUAGAGAUGAUACAUUGUGAGAGGUCAGGUAUUAGAGAAUUCUUUCUGUUGUCUCUGUUCUUUCUCCACCUGUCUUUGUCAUCUUCUCUUAUUUGAGGUUUGAGUGACAGGGGUAUGGGUCCCCACAUACACCAACUUCACAUGCCACUGAGCUCUUCUAGGGAUUUAUAAAAUAUGUGUGGUAGAAAUAUUGAAACAUUUGUUUCAUGGACCUGGGACUUGCCACAUCUUUUGAGAAACUGAAAAGCAAAGCGUUCUUCUGUUCAUAAAGAGGUUGUUCUCUCCAGUUCACUCAAGGACAGCUUAUUAAAUACAAACUGUAAAACGAGGCAAACGACAAUCUUGAAAAAGUUGUUACUAGUUCACGGUUUUGUUUCCAUGCUCUGUGUUCUGUGGGUGGUUGUACAGUGUGUCAGGGAGAGUGAGGGGUAAUUUAGCCAUAAUCAACAUCUCUCACUCUCAGCCGGCGAGUUCUGCUGAGGACUCCUUGUGGCCCAAUGUUGAAAACAUUUUUAUCUGAUUCCUAUUUUUAUUAUUAUUAUCUCAAUUACUAUUAUUUUGUAAAUUCUUUUUGUAUGGCAAGUGGUCUUUUCAGAACUGUUUUGUAACAAUACCAACAUCACAUGUGAAGUUGUCCUGUAUGCCUGCCUAUACAUUCCAAACUAGGAUGUCAACACACCAGGCAGCCAGCCAAACCAUGGUCACAUCAGACUGCACACACACAAACACACACACACACACACACACACACACACACACACACACACA